AUGGAAGCUUUGGUAGAGAAUGCGGCGGCCCCGCCUUCCCGCUUCUACUGUCACUCGUGCGCUAUCGAAAUCGAUCGUGUCUCAUCGGAAUUCACUUGCCCACACUGUCUGGAAGGAUUCAUUGAAGAGCUUCCGGCAGCGGAACGAAGCGGAGCUGCUGGAUCAGCAGUGGGACAGGAUAUAGAACAACCGUCACAUGAUUACGACAAUCCACAGUUUAGCAAUGAGGCAAUGAGGUUAGCCGGAGAAAUCUUUACAACCUCUAUUUUUUCGCCGUUCUUUCGCCGCAUUGACGGCCAGGAUGGGGAAUCGGCGAGUGGAACUGGUGCGGGAAAUGGUGAACACGCUCUGUUUACCGUAGACGACAUUCCUAUGGACGGUAGUAGUGGUCCAUCGUCUGGUGUUCCGCUCACAUCGGGAACAGGUGGUGCCGAUAUGGGCGAAGGCGCAGCAAGUAGCAGUAGUGCGGGUAGUGGUGAUACUCGUCCAUCUAUGCGUUACACCGGUAGACGGGGCAGUCGUAGACGAGGGGUUCAAAACAUAAACCACGUAGAUCAAAUACUGCGCGAAAUUCUGAUAUCGGUGUCGGGCGGUGCUUCUGGUGCCGGUGCCAGCGGCCCGAUGUUCUUCAUGGGCAACCCGGGAGACUACGCUUGGGGGCGCGAGGGCAUCGACACCAUCGUUACACAGCUGCUCAACCAAAUGGACAAUACGGGUCCGCCACCGCUGGAAAAGGAGCGAAUCGCGCAGAUACCGACCGUCACCAUCAACGAGGAACAGGUGGAAAAGAAGCUACAGUGUUCGGUUUGCUUUGAAGAUUUUGUUGUUGGUGAAUCGGUCCGAAAGUUACCUUGUUUGCACGUUUAUCACGAUCCAUGCAUCAUUCCGUGGCUGGAACUACACGGUACGUGCCCUAUAUGUCGAAAUAGCCUCACGCCGGAAGAUUCACACGGUGGCGCGCAAUCACAGUCGCAGGAUAGUGCCCAAUCGCACAGUGAUAGUUCGCAGCCACACCAGCAAGCAUCGCAGCCACAGUCCGACUCGGGACGGCAGAAUUCCAACUUUCUCACCUUCACAAUACAUGAUCUGCUUCCUACCCUUUCAGGGCCCGCGAUGACGAACCUGCUGUUCGAGAUGGCGCAACCACUGGCGGCCACUGCAUCAUCCGUAUCAUCUAGUCUACCACCAGCAGCUUCCGGCAGUGGUGCCAAUUCCGGUGCUGGUACCGGAACCACCACCAACGGUGAUGUAUCUACCACCAACCGCAACAAUACCGGCACGGGCGGUGCAUCAACCAGUGGUGGCGCAAACGGUUCGCAAACGAGCAACAGCCAGCGGGACGAAGACGGUACCAUUGAUUACACGCUAGAGUUAGAUUAA